AUGUAUGUUAUGGAUGAUUCCGACGAUAAAACCUAUUGGUCCAUUACAACAACAAAGCAAACGACGGCUCGAUUCGAUUUGGAUCCAAGAGAUGAAGACAAUGAUGAUUACACUCAAAUUGUUGAAGAUACAACAACAGCAACGACAGCAAUUCAAAGUCAAUCAAGUAUAAGCGAAUCAUUAUUAACUCUAAACAAAUCAAUGACAGAAACGGCAACAUUAAGAUCAGAUUCCUGGCUGUUCUAUCUGCUAUGUAUAUGGUUAUUGAUAUUGUCGAUGUUAUCAACUGCAUUAGUAUGUUAG